AUGCUGUACCUGGAGGAGCACAGAGCUGUUGGGGAAGGAGUGCAAGCAGCUCAGCAACUGGCCGAGAAGCACGAGCAGUACACUGAAACAGCUCUGGAGGAUGUGAAAGCUGCAAAAGCUCUCAAGGAAACUGGAGAAGAGCUGAUCUCAGCGAACGACGUAGGAAUAUCCGGAAGUUUGCUGCCAAAAUGUGACGAAUUGGAGCGAAUGGCUGAAGCGCUCAAUGGAGCCCUCCAAAGACGGGCAACCGUGCUACGAAUGAGCAUCGCCAUGCAUACACAAAUUUCUCAGGCCAAUUCGUGGUGUAAGAAAGGAGUCGACAUGCUCUCGUCUAUUCUUCAAGAUGUGACUCCGGCAUCUGCUAGCACAAGUUUGGCGAAAAUGGACGAAUUUUUAGAAGAAGGAUCACGUCUUCAGUUGGAUGCAAUCAGCCAAUCACCCUCAAUGAACAGCCUUAUACUCCUCACCACCACCGAGACAUCUACCUUAUUGGCUCAGAUUUGA